AUGUUCCAUCUCAAGAACCUCGCCGUCUUCCUGGCGGCCCUCGCCCCCUUCGCGGCCGGUGCGCCCAUCGAGAAGGAGCCCGAGGUCAACGUGACUGGCAAGUACAUCGUGACGCUCAAGCCGGGCAUCGCGGCUCGCGAUAUCGAGUCGCACAUGGGAUGGGUCAACAGCGUGCACAAGCGCAACGUUGCCGACGGCAAGGACGUUGCUGGCGUCGAGAAGAAGUUUGACAUUCUCGACUUCCACGCCUACGCUGGAGAGUUUGACGACGCCACGCUCGAGGAGAUCCGCAACAGCCCCGACGUUGCCGAGAUCGAGCCCGAUCAGAUCUACACCCUCUCGGCCGUCACCACCCAGUCCAGCGCCCCCUGGGGUCUGGCCUCGGUCUCGAGCCGGACCAGCGGCGCCACCUCUUACCGCUACGACACCACGGCCGGCAGCGGCGUCUACGCCUACGUCGUCGACUCGGGCAUCAACACCGCCCACAACGACUUUGAGGGCCGUGCCGUCAAGGGCUACAACGCUGCCGGCGGUGCCCACCAGGACACCCUGGGCCACGGUUCGCACGUCGCCGGCACCAUCGGCGGCAAGACCUACGGCGUCGCCAAGUCGGUCAACCUGGUCGACGUCAAGGUCUUCACUGGCCGCACCGCCUCCACCUCCACCAUCAUCUCGGGCUUCAACUGGGCCGUCAGUGACAUUCAGUCCAAGAACCGCGUCGGCAAGGCUGUCAUUAACAUGUCUCUCGGUGGUCCCUCCUCCUCCGCCUUCAACUCUGCCGUCAACAACGCCUUCAGCGCCGGCAUCCUCUCCAUCGUGGCCUCGGGCAACGACGGCAUCCGCGUGACCAACGAGUCGCCCGCCUCGGCCACCAACGCCUUCGUCGUCGGCGCCAUCGACUCGACCUGGACCGAGGCCUCCUUCUCCAACUACGGCGCCGAGGUUGACAUCCUGGCCCCCGGCGUCAACAUCCAGUCGGCCUGGUACACCUCCAACUCCGCCACCAGCACCAUCAGCGGCACCAGCAUGGCCACCCCUCACGUCGUCGGCGUCGCCGCCUACCUCAUCGGCCUCGAGAACAUCUCCACCCCCGCCGCCCUGCGCUCCAGGCUCCUCGCCCUCGGCACCACCGGCAAGGCCCUGGGUCUCAAGAGCCAGACCCCCAACAGGAUCCUGUUCAACGGUGUCUCUGCUUAA